ACUGCCUCAUGGGUGUGUACUUGUUUUUUGUUGGAGUAUUUGAUGUGAAAUUUCGCGGUCAGUACAAUCGUAACGCCCUGAUCUGGAUGGAGAGUGUUGAGUGUCGGACCAUUGGAUUCCUGGCCAUGCUCUCCUCAGAGGUGUCUGUUCUCCUCCUCACCUACCUGACUCUAGAAAGGUUCUUGGUCAUUGUCUUCCCCUUCAGCAAUCUGCGCCCAGGCAAACUUCAGACUGUGGUGGUCCUGGCCUCUAUCUGGCUCCUGGGGUUUAUAAUUGCGGCUGUGCCCCUAAUGAAUGAAGACGUCUUUGGAAACUACUAUGGACGUAAUGGGGUCUGCUUUCCCCUGCACUCUGACAGGCAAGAAAAACCUACUGCCAAAGGAUAUUCAACAGCGAUUUUUCUGGGUCUGAACCUGGUGGCCUUCCUGGUGAUCGCCUUCUCUUACUCCAGCAUGUUCUGCUCCAUCUAUAAAACCGGAGUCAAUGCCACAGACUUGAGGAGCAGACUGCACAGAGACGUGGCGGUGGCCAACAGAUUUUUCUUCAUAGUGUUCUCUGAUGCCCUCUGCUGGAUCCCCAUUUUUAUGAUCAAAGUCUUCUCACUACUGGAUGUGGAGAUGCCUGGCACCAUCUCCAGCUGGGUAGUCAUCCUCAUCCUCCCCAUCAACAGCGCUCUGAACCCCAUCCUGUACACCCUGACCACCAGCUUCUUCAGAGAGCAGGUGGAAGUCUUACUCUGUCGUUGGCAGAGGAGACACAUCUUGAAAAAAGACCGCAAAAGCCUAACUUCCUCCACAAUCUACAUGGAGUCCGGGCGGCCUCCUUGCUACCAGCCACCCCCCUACCUCCAGCAGGUGUCUCUGACGGGCGCAGAUCCCCGCUACGCCUGAGGGAAGCAGAAUCUGUCACGGCACUUUGUAAAUUACUGGUCAAGGGCCACUUGCUGCUUAUCUUUAUGCUCCUGUAUGACAAUAGCACUGUUUUAAUGAGACUGGCAGGAACUGGAGCAGGAUUAACAAUCACUGAUCUGUCUCAUUAGGGUCGGAUUUUUAUUUAAAAAAUGCUAACAUUUCAACCUUUUUGUUAAAAGGGUGUACAUGUUGCUCAAAGUCCCUUCCACAUGUGGGCAUACAGCCCGGGAUCAAACCAGCAACCUUUCAAUGUUUUAUUGAACCUCUGUACAACUUCAGCUGAUUGGCACCCAUGCUUGCCUGCUUAUGUGGCACCUACAUAAUAUGUUGUUCCAAGUAAGGAUACCGCAAAGUGGAGAUAAAAAUGGCUGAAAGAAUAAAUACCAGCAUGUAGUGCUGCCGCCCCGAGGCAGGCACAAUGGACUUUAAGUGUCUUAAGUCUCACAAGAAAAGUGCUUUAUGUAUAGUACUGUUAGUGAACAAAUCAGAUUUUACACUCAUCCCUGAUCAGAUUAUGGAGGUAGAGCAGAAGAGAAGGCUGGGAGAAAGACACAAUUUUCUCCGAGCUGACUUAGGGAUGCAGCUUAUUGAGUCACCGAUGCUUAUAAGACACUGACCAAUAAAUGUUUUCAUGGAUAAAUGGUUUCUAUCGCAACAAAAAACCAGAAAUGAUUGGAUUGGACUUUUCUUUGACUGGUCUUGGAUUGCAUAAACUAAAUCAGUUUUUUGCACAUCAGCGGUUGCAUUUGGCUUGUUUUGUGAUCAUGCAACAUUUUAAAAUGAAUGCAACAAAUUAAAUGUAAUUCAUAAAAUAAACCAGAAAAUGAAACGUUCAAUUACACAAAAAAUGAUAAUUGUUGACUCACAACAUGAUAUAUCUGAUCAUAUUUUUUAAAUAAUAUUAACUUGUAACUCAUUUGCUACAGGUUUGUAGUGAAUGGGAUGGGAAAGACAACUUCAACUGGACUUUUCCACUUGAAUUGGAAAAUGAAAUUGUCAUUGAGAUUUUUAUUAACUUUAUGCACUUUAAAUACGAGAGAACCCAGUCAAUGGGAGAGAAAGGGAUUAAACCAUCGACAAUCACUGAAUGAUCCGCAUCAGCUUUGUGUAGCAGCUUCCUGUUCCCGACACAUGUACGUAUGUUUCAAUGUCAAUGUGUGUGUUAUGUGAAUGUUUCCUUAAUUGUUUAUUGUUGAAUGCCAUUUUUUUUACUGCAUGUACAGUAUUUGUUCUGACUAAUAAUGAAGCAAAACCAAUAUGCUGCCAUAGCUUGAAACAAUGAAAUCAAACCUUUAUUGUUCAGAUGUCCUGAAUAACCCUAACCCUGACCUGGACUAGAUUAAACGUUUGGUUAAAGCAUGCCCAUAGGAGGGAUUUGAUCUGUUUCAUUUAGAUUGGUUGCCUCUGUGCUUAUUUAUACUUUGUUAUACUGAUAUGUUAUAUGAUAUGCCUUUUGUUGUUGCUGCCUUUUAACAGUUGUGUUGACAACCAUCAACAAUUCAGAUAAAAACUAGAAGAGAGAGUUAUACUUAUUUGUAGAGUUAUAUGCCAAGGAGUGGAACCCAAAUAAGGACUAUCAUUUCCUAUCAUGCUGUGCAUAUAUAUUUUGUACAGUAGAGUUCUCAGUGUAUGUUCUGUAUAUUGUAUAUAAGUGUGCAACAAAGGAUCCAAAAAGUUGUUCUCCUGAGUCUUUAAUCAGCUUUUGCAAAAGAGACACAGAGCACAAGGUCUCUACAGCAGGCUGCUUUUAUAUAUGGAGUUACACGUGCUCAGCCAUGAGAUAAUUCACCCAUGACUUUGUCAAUGUUCAUUCCCUGAGUGGCUAUGUGUUAACCUGAUUGUUGACAUACCAAAAUAAUCAUAUCUCAACUAGAUUGAUCAAUUUUGGGGGGGGGA